AACUAGCCGGAGACCAUGAACAGCUUCAUCAGCGCCACAGCUCGGUGUCUCCGCUCGGGGGCCGCGCUCUACGGGCCAAGGCGAGCCGACGUGUGGUCGGCCCCGGGCCGGCGGCUCCUGUGCGCGGCGGCGGGGGACGUCCAGAAGGACCUUGGAGAGAAGGUGAAGAAGGACAAGGUGGUGGUGUUCAUCAAGGGGACCCCGGCUCAGCCUAUGUGCGGCUUCAGUAACGCGGUGGUGCAGAUCCUCCGGAUGCACGGAGUGGACGACUACGCUGCCUACAACGUGCUGGACGACCAGGAGCUGAGAGAAGGAAUCAAGGUGUUCUCCAACUGGCCCACGAUCCCCCAGGUGUACUUCAACGGCGAGUUUGUGGGAGGCUGCGACAUCCUGCUCCAGAUGCACCAGAAUGGAGAUCUGGUGGAGGAGUUCAAGAAGCUGGGAAUCCGCUCUGAACUGCUGGAAACCGAGAAGGAUUCCAAGUAGAGGACGAGUACAAACUUCAGAAGAGCUGACUACACGGAGGACACGUUUAUCAAGUUGAAUCCCCCCGCCCCCCCCCCCACACUCAUAUGGUCCCAUAUGAAUCAAGUCUGUAGGCAGCCAUCGGAAAAGCAAACUCCGACGGCAGAUGAAGGUGACAAGUGUGAACUAUUUUAGUGGCGGCACUUUAUCUUGAGUCCGGAAUAUUAAUGCUUUAGAGUGUUCCAUACCCAUAAAUAGCUACAUGUGAUACAGAGCUCCCUCUGCACUGUUUAUACUCUGAGUAAGGCCUUUUAAUGUGCACAGAUCAUGUACCCGGCAGGUGGGGACUUAAAUAUUGGAAGAAAAGAGUUGACAAAGUCUUCAUAUGGUUUUCAGAAGCAGUUUUACCUAAAAUACAUCUGUACUACAAUCCUCACCUCGACUGUAAAGCUGCAGACACAUUUUUUGGCUACUUUGGGAGCAGAAGAUUCAAUUUACAAACCAAUACACUGACAUAUUAUCACAUUUUAUGUUUAUAUGGCAAACUCUUUAGCGUUCUCCUUGACUUCCAUUUCUGGUCACUCAGAUUAGCGUGAGGCUAAUGUUCACUCUUCCUCUAUCUCUGUUGUGGUCUCCAUCGACUCUUGAAAAAAAUAAACUCAGACCCUUCAGCUGCAUCAUGCACCACUCUACUCACCAGCUAGUGGUUACCUUUAAUAAGUCUGAUCCUGGGCAAGUAGUGCACAGUGGGCAUUAAUAGCUUCUUAUCCACUGAGAACCGCUGCCUGCUGGUCAGAAUGUUCCUGUGAGAGGGGACCAAACAGUUGUGGGCCACGGAGCCAAGACAACAGGUUCAAAGAGAUUUGAUGAGAAGAGAAGCUUUGCCCCCCCCCCCUUAAUGCUGCACACAAUCUUCUGAUCCAUUGUGAUUAUAGGUUUAAUAUUUUCUGAUCACACACUUAGAUUAGUAUUCUCUUGCUUCUUUGAAAUAUUAUUUCACCAAAUACAAAAUGUUAUCCUAAAAGAUGUGUUAAAAAACCCAAUGUUAAGUCAUCAUCGUUGCUCUAUUCACAGCAAAUACAAAAAUUGAUGUCCGACUAUCCUGUUGGAGAAUCAUUAAGGUUGGACUUCCACUGCUUGGUUCCCUACCAGUGCUUUAACACAAAAAUGCUGGUAACCUUUCUUAUCCUGCCCUUUCCAGUCCCUGCUACCUCUAUUGUCCAUCUGUUUUCUCAAGUCACUGUCUUCAAGACCAAAUUAUUCUCAGGGUGCAACAAGAUAUGAGUGAAGGUUUUAAUUAUUCUUUAUCUUGGGUCACACCACAAACCUGAAAACACUGCCAGAAAACACCGUUCAUCUGGAGGAGGAACAGGGGACAGUACAGCUGAUGUGGGUUCAAAACCAAACAAGGGUGGUUUCAUGUUCAUGUUGUCCAAUCCAAUGACAUCACGUGUGAAUUGGUUUUAGUGGUCAAGGUAAACCAGACAUGGACCAGACUGUCACUGACAUCACAGCACUGUCAGUGGCUUCUAACAUAGCCUUCUAUCCGUUCUUCCGGCCAGGAUCCCCAUCCCUUCUCCUUUAACCUCGACUGAAACGCAACAAACUUGAAUAUGCCUGAUAUGGAGACUGUCUAUCUGUCCGUGAAUGUGUGGAGUGUGUCCUUUUCUUGUGUGAGGGGUGGGGGGGCUGUUUUUUUUUUUUUGUUACUUUGAGUUAUCUCUCCUUGAGCUUAAGAGCGUUGUGAUCUUUAUCAAUACUCCUGUAGGUGUUCCUCCUGCUGCACACAGUUGUAUUAUCAAAGCAAUGGUCAUGUAGUACGCUGUAAGAUAUUGUACAUUGAAAGCAUAUUAUUAAAUGUAUUUUAGCUGCAUGUAAACCCUACUCCAAUUAAAUAUUUUGUGACAAAUAA